GAUGUUCUUCAGGAUUACAUCUGCAUGGCAGCAGAUGAUGACAGAAUUGGCACAGAAGAAAAUGAGCCCUACUCUCUCACACAGGUGCCAUGUUUAAUUGAUAUGUCUCACCAUACACUUCAGUCACAAUUGGCCUCAGUGAAGGAAAUCCAGGGAUCAUGUGGGUCUGGUGACACAGGGAGUACAUCAUUGAUAAAUGUUGAGGGAAUGAGUGGUCUUUCUGCCAGCAAGUUUCUCGUUGACCACACACAACUUUCUCAAUAUCCUGCUGAAGAAGUGAAGCUCCUUUCACCCUAUAGUACUGGGUCAGGAAAAAAUAAUGGUGUGCCAUCAAAUGCACCUUUGUCAGAUGAUGAAUAUGAUACAGAGAGUGUUGCUCCUAAAUUCACAGGAGAAGAAUUGGAAGGUUUAGAAGCUGAUUUAUCUGAAUACGAAGGGUCAGAUUUCAGUCAAGGAGAAGAUGAAGAGUGUAUAGCUGCUGGCUUAGGAGAUCAGUAUCUCCAUCCUACUCGUGAAAUCUUAAGGAGUGGAACCCAUUGCUCUCAUGAUGAUUUUUCUCAAGCAUUGUCUACAGUAUCACAACCAAAUAGCUCCAGUCAUUUUGAAGAUAUUUCUCGCCCUAGUGAUAUCAGAUUUAGUGCUGCUCAGAUCUCUGCCCGUUCAACGCUGCUUUGCCAUGCCCUGGAAGACUCCAAGCUUUUGUCAGCCUCUCGCAAUUCAUUAGGUUCCCUUGGGGAGUCUGCCAAGGACGAUUUUGAGGAUGACGCCUCAAUAAAUAUGCAGGAAGAAGAACAAGACUGGCUUCAAAAUAAUCAGGACGAUCUGGUAAGCAUAUUGAAUGGGGAAAGUUUUCACGAUAUUAACAAAGAAUUUUUGGAUCAAGAGGAUGAAGAAAAUGCCAGGAGAAACAUGUUUAUGCAGGAGGAAUCAUGUGCUGGAGUGGAAUUGGAAUAUUCAUGCUUUUCUGGAUUACAUGAAAUUGGAGAGAUCACAGUCAGGCCAUCUUGGAUCCAUAGUGCAGAGCAAGACUUGCUUGUUCCAGGUAACAAAAUGCAUAUUGCAGAUUAUAUUAAGAUGAGAAGUGAAUCAUUAGGAUCUUUAGGAAACAGUGGUAGCGAGGACAGGCCGGAUCUUGGUUUGGGAAAAAUAGAUUCGCCACCGAAUAAUGAAGCAAAGCUUGUGCCUCUUGUAGAAAUAACUUCAGUUAGUAACAUUGGUCAGUCGUAUUUACAACCUGAAGCAAAUUCAGAGUCCAGUGAUAUCUUAGGAGAUUGCUCUUCAUCAUGUGUUUCAUCUCAUUCGACUUCUGAAUCAUCUGGCAGUUCUAGCUCAGGAUCUACUACUUUCACAGCUUCUAGAGAUUCUACAAAAGGUGCAAUUCCAAAGAACAGUGUGUCUAAAACUUGCUCUUCAACUCACUCAAAAAGUAAUGACGACACAUCUAAAGACCCUGUAGCUGUGGACAAUAACAAAAACAUCCAUGAUGAACCUAGACCUACAGUAGCAAAUCCAAACCCAAAAGUUCAAAGUUAUAAGUGCACAAAUUCUGCCGAAGAUAGCAUAGAGGAUAGCAUCACAUUCAAUCCCAAGAAAGUAUUAGGGGUGGAACAAAUUAGACAGCUUUUGAAGUCAAGUGCUCUUAGUAAUGACAAUGCUCAGUUUUUGAUCAAGAAGAUUCUUCACAGCGACAAGAAUACGUCUGAAUUUCAUAAUACAACUGACAUAACUGAGUUAGAUGCCAGUACAGAAGUUUUAGAACUUAGAGCAAAGAGAGAAGCUCUUAUGUCAUCGAAAACUCAAAAUAAAAAACUUCAAGAAUUGAAAGGAAAGGAGAACAUCAAUUCAUUAUCUCAUGUAAAACACUUCAAAGCCCCAGAUCGUAUUCCUUUGCAACCCGCUGUGAAUUCAGAAAAAAAUGUAGAUAGUCCUGUUAACAAACAUAUGGAACGGUUAAAAGUUCUCAGGACUGGGUCUGCACCUUUGCAACUCACACAAGAUUCAGUUGGGCUUGAAGCUCAUAUUCACUGUCACCCAAAAGCAAAACAAGUAGGUACUGAUUUGGGAAAAAUAGCAAUGGAUGAAACCGUGCGAGGUAUUCCAUAUAAAUCGAGAAUAUUAGAAGAUAGUCAGAAAUCUCAGCUAACAAGUUUUCACGAUUCAUCCAGCAGUGGCUUUGAUUCGUCAACUCCUUGUGCCCCACGUUCCAAUCCUAGAAAAAUAUCUUCCAAAGUAGUUCAGAAUGAGAAUCCUUUCGUUAUUCAUGGUAACCAGCUGUACACUAAAGAUAAAAGACCAGCCAGUAAUGCAAAGACAGCUCAUAGACCAUUGCCAAGGAUGGGGUUAGCUUCCAGUUUGGUUAAAGCACCUUGUGCCAAAAACUUCUAUGAUAAGACAGUGGAUGUUGACACUAGGAAUUUAAAUGAAACUGGUAUCAAUGCCACAAAUUUGUUGUCAUGCAGAUCUGAAAGUACUCUUUAUCCCCAUUCUUCAAAUUCAAGUGAUGGGGAGUCAAGACGUUCUUCGAGUGUGCCGUAUGGCUUGCAGGCUAUAGGUAACUUGGGUACACUGCCACUUCAUGCACAUACUCCAAGUGGUGCCUCACCUAGACAGCAUUGGUCACAAGAAAAUAUAGCUUCUGACAGGCAAAGCCAAAGUGCAGAAGAUAAGGUGUAUUUUCCCAAAGAAAUUGCAUUUUCAAAUUCUUGCAUUCUUGGCAUGGGAUCUGAAGAAGUGAUAACCUUCUUCAAUCCUAAACAUCGUUGGGUCCAGCUCUCCAUUAGAUUAAUGCAGGAAACCGUGAACAACAAGCAUGUGGGCACUUCAGCUCUUUUUUUCAAGCCAUCUUACUUCAUUGAGCCAAGGAAUACUGUAGAGAUCAGAUUCAGCCUGUGUAGUCUUAUUGCUGGGUCCUGGGGUGCUGUUUUAGAAAUGAAGGUUUCUGAUCUUUCUAAAGAUUCAAGUAGUACAUCUACAUGUAAUGUCUCCAUUCACACAGUUAUUCUGUCUGCACAAAUUGAAGAACCAAGUAUACAGCUAAGUUGUGAAGGAGAGCAAAUGAUAGAUUUUGGGAUCAUACCGGAAAGCUGCGUUGUGUCACGGGAGGUAACUGUGAUAAACCAAUCUUCCCAACCAAUUCCGACCAUUCUCUCUCUGCGCCAGGUACCAGCCACUUCCCCUGUUUUCUUUUGGGAUGAAGUUGGAGACAUGUGCAAGGUAGUGUCACCCAGUCACCUGGCUUAUGAAUUACCACCAGGGAACUCUGAAACUGGCCCUGUCCCUGUGACUGUUAAUGUUUUCCUUAAGGCUCCUCACUUGGACAGGGUGGAAGUGAAAGAAAGUGGUGUAUAUGAAGUUGAGAGCUUAUUGCAGGUGGAACUUGAUACCCCUAACCAAUCAACUAUCAUAAUUUCAAGUAUGAAGAUAAAGGCAUUCAUUGGUGUUGUUAGGCUUCAGCACCUAGGUAAUUUGGAGCCUCUGAUUUUGGAAACCAAAUCCAAUGAGUCCAGCAGUGCAAGUGUCCCCUUGAAAAAUUCUUCAACAUUUCCUCUUCACUUGUCACUAGAAGCAAGAGAAUACAAAGACCAUUUUGUCAUUCACCCAAGUAAUUUAGUUAUUCAGCCACAUGCCACGGCAUCUAUAACUGUAGUCUUCUCUCCUAAAGGAAAAAUUGGAGAAAUGGAAAGUGUUCUUUUUUUGUGUGUGGAGCCAAAAGGAAAACUGUAUGAGAUUUCAAUUGUUGGAAAGUCAUAUGCGGCUCCAAAGAAAUUAAUUCCGGUAGCAACUCCUCUCCAGCGAACUCGAAGUGCUCCUGUGACUUCUCAGGUCAACUUGAAUUCAGCUUUGAAGAGCUCAAAGUCAGAAAUAGCAUUUGGCACAGUUGCAGUUGGUGACAAGGCAUGGAAGAAACUUGUUCUGUGGAAUAAUAGCCCAACCCAAGCGCUGUCCUUAUGUAUUGUAGUAGCAGACAGCAAAGCGUUUCAGGUAUGUGUGACGGGAAGCAAUGAUGGUAAAAGUCUCAUGAAUGCUGUGCUGGAGCCUAAUCAACAGUUAGUUCUCUUAGUUUGUUUUAGUCCAACAGCUGUUGAUGCAAUAAGAGGCUCCCUGAUUUGUAAGCCCCGAGGUCUUCCAAAUCCAAUAAAAUUCCAGAUUCCCUUGCAAGGGUAUGGUGGUCAGAGCAAGCUGCAUAUUCCAGAUAGUAGCGAUGGUGAACCACUCAUCAUCAGAGAUAUAUCUGUUCAGCAACCAGCAAUAUUUCAUACUGCUUUGGCAAAUACUGGGGACAGGGAAAUGUUUUUGAAGUUGCGCCUGUUUUCAGAUGAAAAGUUGACAGAGCCAAUCCCGAUGACUGACAUAUCAGUACAGCCACAAGAGUUAAUCUUGAGGCCACAAGACAAUCGGGAUGUUUUCGUUAUAGUAAACGGGACCAGUUCUGUAAUGGCUAGGACCCCUGGAUGCUUGGGCUUCCUUCAGAUUGUACAUGGGGAUGAAAUCUUGAGACGACGCUUUAGAAAAAACAAGGGUGCAAAAGUACGUAAUGUUGGUGAUCCCAGUCUCUUGAAAAUUGAUUGGGAUGUUUUCUUCAGUGGUGAGAGAGAUGAUCAGGCAGAAGAGAUUAGUCUUCCUUUACAGUCAGAUGAUGCACGCAUAUUUUACAACUCUUUAUCCAAGAUUCAGAUCCAACUUAAUGGGGAAAAACAGGUGGUUGAUGAUACAUCAAGUAUUGCGUUUACUUGCCUUGAAGCCGAAUAUACUAUGCAUUCUGUGUCCAUGGCCGAUACCUCUAUGCAACCUGACAGGAUUACUGAAGUUAAUUCCUCUGUUGAGCAACCAGCACAAGGAAAAGCAAUUGCUUCACAACUGAUGCAAGCAGCUUCACAGCAGAUAGGCUCAUCCUGGGAUGUUUUUCCACAGACAAUAAAUAUGUCUGCGUCGGAUACGACACCUCACACAUUUUUUGUUGUCAACUUCUCAAGCAAACAACAAAUGUUGGAGGUUUCAUCCAGUUUAAAUUGGAUCAGUGUUGAACCCCGGGAGGCUAUAUUACCAGGCCUAAGCUCAGUGAAAGUCACAGCAAGAAUAAAUUGUUGUUUAUGCCAAAACCUAUUGCUACGGCAGCUCCUAAAUUAUGUACUUGAAAACCUAACAGUUAACAUUCAACAUUGUCAGGUCAUGUGUGAGAAUGAAAGCCGUUGUGCUGUCAUCACCAUUUUGCCAGAUACCACUGGUUCCUCAUCUUCAGCUGGGCUCACUGGUUCGUCACCAUCAUUAGUUGUAACACCUGCAAGCCCAAAUGAGAGGCAGCCUGUCACCACACCAAAAGUGCAACCAUCAUCACUAGUACAUAAAGUGCUAAGCACCAAUGCCACAGUUGAAAAUGAACCUAAUAGUAAAGGGGAUAAUUUGAAAAUGCAAAGUGGGAAGCCUCAUAGAUCACUUCCUGAAAAUGCUGGGCCAAAUAAAACCUCUGCUCCUGGGACUAAAGACUCCCUACAGUCUGAGAGAAAGGAGGCUACAGAUGAGAAGUGUCUUGUUGAAGUUACAACCAGUAAUGUUGUGUAUCCAGAAACAGCAAAAUCUAAAGAAAGCUUUGUUAAAAUCAAGCUCAGGAACCUUGACAGCAUUGUUCAUCCUAUGAAAGCCAAGGUAUCUAAUCUUCCUUUUGCUGUCCGUCAUCAUGAGUUUGUAAUACAACCUGGCCACUAUGUUGGUGUCCCAGUGUACUUUAGGCCUGAAAAAGCAGGUAAUUUUGCUGGGCAGCUAAAGUUAACUGUGGUCAAAACAAAAAAAGUACUAACAGUACAACUCUCUGGGACAGCUAUCUGAUUAUGGUAGUAUUUUACAUGUGCUUAAGAUUGAUUGAUGACUAUUGUAAUUUACUUAGGUUUGUUUAUUAGUUUUGUUAAAUAUAAAUUAGAUUUUCUUUAAAAUCUCACUUAUAUUGUAUGAUAAAAUAUGAUGAGCCAGUAAAAGCAAAACAAAACAUCUUUUCAAAGAUGAUUAACUAGUGUGAAGAAUCCUUUGAUUUACUUUUAAUGUUAGAUUAAAUCUGUGAUACACAACCUGAAAGUGGUGUUCAAGCGAUCCAUAUUGUGUUUCAUAGAUGUUUUUUUAAAACAACUGUGAUAUAUACUACUGUAUUAAAUAUAUAUUUUUGGGACUGAAUUAACAAUUUAGCUUUUGUAUGCAUUUUUUGUAGACUAUACAUAUUGUACAGUUAACAUUUAAAUCUAAGAGACCUUGAUAGACUAACCUAAGCCAUUGCAUCUCACCGUGACUUUAUUGCUGCGUUUAGAAAAUUACAGAAUUUUCGUUUCGCAUCAAAAAGUUUGUUCAUGAAGAAUUGUGCUUACUCUCUAUGGUGCUGAAGUAGUUGUAAGUAUUCAGUUUCCAUUAGUUCUGUUGUAUUUCUUUGUUAAAUUUUGUAGAUAGAGGUUUUCAUUGACUUCUCUGUAUGACAUUGUAACUAUUAAAACCACCUUCCCCAGUACUGAUAACUCGUUAUUUGGACAUUCCAUAUGUAACAGUUAAGGAUUA